GCAGCGCGGAGCCUGUCCCUUGCCCGGCUUACUGCAAGAGUUGGGUCCUGGGUAACGGCGCGCCAUGGAGGGGGAGGUCUGCGGGGAGGACGAGCUCCUGCAGAAGCUCAGGGACAGCCGCCGCCGCUUUCAAAGGCGCAUGCAGCAGCUGAUAGAGAAGUACGACCAGCCCUUCGAGGACGGCCCGGUGGUGCAGAUGUCCACGCUGACCUACGAGACGCCCCAAGGAUUUCGGAUUUGGGGCGGAGGAUUAGUAAAGGAAAGGAACCCAGGACAAAUCCAGGGCUUCCCGGCGAAGGCGGACGGUGGGGACAACGGGCACCUGCAGGUCACAACCCGAGGUCCGGAGCUGUCCUCACCCUGCACACGAGUUGAGGAUUCAAAGAGCAGCGAUGUGGCUACAACUUUCUACGAGGAAGAUAUUAUUGCUGGGUCCAUAAUGCCCGCAGUGCCUCGGAGUCCUUUGAAAGACGAGCUAAGAAGGAAGUACUUGACGCAGGUGGAUGUACUGCUGCGGGAAGAAGGGUGUCUGGAGGGUGCCGGUUCCGGAGAGGGCAGGGACACCUGUGUGACCCCGGUCGCUUCACUGGCUUCGCCCACCAGGUCUGCCCAUGGAAACUGCGGCGUCUCUGAAGAGAGCCUCGAUGGCCCUGUUCAGCCACCUUCAUCUCCCCGAGAAGGCAGUGCUUUGCGCCCUCGCCCAGCCAGUGUGGCCUUGGUGCCAAGAAGUGACAGCAUCUCCUUCCCGGGCACCAGCGGCGGCAGCUUCUCAAGCAGCCGGUGCUCCGAGGCUGAGGACAUCUGCAACGCGACGCUCAGCGACCUGUACGCGGGCAUGCUGCACUCCAUGAGCCGGCUGCUGGGCGCCAGGCCCUGCUGCAUCAUCUCCACCAAGACGUUCAUCGGCCAGAACUGGAGCUCGCGGCGGAGGCACCGGUGUAAGAGCAGAAUGAACAGGACAAGCUGCAGGGGAGGCGGGCGUUCUCGGAGGAGCCCCCGGGAGAGUCGUCCCCCCGCCUCUGAGCCCCGGAAGCACACGGCAGUGUUAAGAGACUGCGAGAACUUGCUGGAUGUUUCUGGCCAUAAGACGGGUUUAGAAGAAGGACCGUCUUUUCUUGGCGUCAGCAAACCCCACCCCCCUGCAUUCGCUCCAAGUUGGAAGGGGCUGCAGAGGACGCCCCCAAAGCUUUCCUCGUUGACCUACUUAGACUCCAAUGCUGUGUAUCAUCUCGAUCAGGAAAAUAGAUUUAUGACAUUAAGGUGGUUGAUUUCUCCUGUAAAAAUAACUUCCAGACCAAGAAUACUGCAGGGCCAGGGACGGAAUAGAUACAGGGAGAUUGAACUCAAAUUCGACAAGCUGCACCAGGAGUACUGCUCGAGUCCCCAGAAGCAGCCGGGCCUGACCAAGCUCCCCAGCUCCUCCGCCGUGGACGUGUACAGGGGGCGUCCGGCACCGCCGGGGGGGCCCUGGGGCUUAGAAGCUUGCAGGCUGAGUAGCCCCCUCCUCAGAGCAAAAGCUAAGAGGUUAAGUGAGGCUUUUGAAAACCUGGGCCAAAGAUCUAUCAAAGCAGGGAGCUGCCCGCCCAAGAGCAGUGCCUUUCCCCCCCUUUCAAAGACCGACCCCACGCACAGCCCGGGCCGCUCGGAGCACACGGCUGACCUUGUGUGUCGAGGGCAGGAUCUGGGUCGCUUGCGGUCAGUAUCACCCAGCAAAGCCAUUUCAGUACCCAGGGUACAACCUCCAGGCAGGGCCAAGGAUCGUUACGAUGAUAUUAAAGAAAAAUUCGACAAGCUUCAUCAAAAGUAUUGCCCCAAAUCGCCUCAGCGGACGCAGGUGCCUUCAAGUCCCGGAGCAGCUCCAGGUGAAGCGAGUGUGGGAGUUCAGUAUCAAAAAGAAUUCUUAGGAAAAUUCGACCCAGACUCUGGUUCCCACGGUCUCCCAAAGCCAUCACCAUCACCCCAGUGGAACAUAAAAAGUCCUCUGGGCUCAAUCGCAAUCGAGGCCCCUCCAUCUGCGGGCUUUGCUCUCGCCACCAGGGGGCGCCACGAGGUUCCCACAAAGCGACGCCGAUUAUCAGAGCCUCUGGAGGGCAGACGCUGGUCCAUACCCUGGGAUUUCUCACCUGUGGACAGAACCACCCUGAGGCCCGGGGAAGAGGUUGGCGCUUCACAGUCCGACUGGGAAAAAAAGCAGAGGAAAGAACAACACAUCUUUCAAGAUGGAAGAGAAAAGUGAUUCUGGGGUAGAAAAACUCAAAGCUGAAAAAUCUGCAGCCAAGUUAGUUCGGAGUAUUUCCUCUUCCCCCUCACUCUCUGAUUUUUGUGCUUUUUUUUUUUUUUUUUAAUUCUCAAGACUAUGUAAGAACUCGCUUCACUUAUCUGCCUGUCAAAGCAAAUGUCCAUGAAAUCAAUUCCACUGAGAUGACUCUAGUUCUUAGUAUAGAAAUUAUUUGAAUAAAGUGGCUCAAUUAAAAAGUUUAGCA